GCACUCAGCAUGCAGCUAGGGCUGACCAGCAGCAUAUUGGUUGCUGGCAUCUCGUCAGAGUCGCUUACGCACAAGACAAGUGCAUUUAAUUCCGAGCUUAGCACUGUCAUGACCAUUCUCAAAGCGGUGACGGCCAAUACUGUUGUGUUGCUAGACGAGUUUGGCCGCGGAACAAAUCCGGCCGACGGCAUGGGCUUGCUGUGUGGUGUGCUGCAGUCUCUUACCCGGAGGGCUGAUAAAAUGCCAUGGAUAAUAGCGGCCACACAUUUUCAAGACAUACGCAGCAUCCCUAGUGCGCAAGGAUUGUGGUCUUGCAUGCAGGUCAGAUGCAUGGAUUUUUGCGAGACAUCGUCAGGGCUAGUGUUUCUUUUCAAGAUUUCAGACAAGCGUGCCUCGCAGGGCUCCCACGCAGUUGCUUGUGCGCGCGAUGCCGGAAUACCUAGCAGUGUGCUGGAUUGUGCGUUGAAGUAUCUUUAA